AUGAGCAAGCCCGCCUUCCACCGCGCCGAUGAGCGGCGCUUCCUCGACGAGCGCGGCAGCUCAGGCGCCCUCGCCCCGAACGGGCUCAACCCGGCAACCAUCAUGGAGAAAGCCGUGCGCGAGAGGAUCGUGGACAGCUACUUCUACAAAGAGCAGUGCUUCGGCGUGAACGAGGCCGACAUAGUUGACCGCGUGGUCGAGCACGUGGACCACAUCGGCGGCGUCGCAGGCAUCGUGCAGAAGCCGACGCCCUUCCUGUGCCUCGCCUUCAAGCUGCUGCAGCUUGCCCCCGCCGACGACAUCCUCGACGAAUAUCCUCGCCUUUGGCGGCGAGAAGUUCAACCGUUUCUCGAGGAUCGUCGCAAGCUGCGCCGCAAGGGUCGCGACGGCACCACCCUGACGUAUAUGGACGUGUUUGUCGACGAUCUGCUUACGAAGGACCGCGUGUGCGCGACGAGUCUGUGGAAGAUGCGGAAGCGAGAUAUUUUGGAGGACCUGGAGCUCCUUGAACCGCGUGUCAGUCCGCUCGGCGCGCUCGAGGAUCUGCUGGAGGAGGACGAGGCGAUGGAGAACGGGGAUGACGCCAAUGGGGAUGGACAUGAAAGUGAAUCUGGCUUCGUCCGGUCGAGGUCGCGGUCACAAACAAGGUCGCGGUCACAAACAAGGUCGCGGUCACAAACAAGGUCGCGGUCACAAACAAGGUCGCGGUCACAAACAAGGUCGCGGUCACAAACAAGGUCGCGGUCACAAACAAGGUCCAGGUCGGAUUCACGGCGGAGGUCAAGGUCAAGGUCCGGGUCACCAAGGAGGCGCUCAAACCAUGACAGGAUGGACAUUGACAAACCGGAAGCUCAUCGUUCUGAGGGUGAAGCGAGUCCUUGA